GUAUUUUUCCGUUUUACUACUUUUGUUUGGGGGCGGGGCAAGCUGCGGGUGGGAGGUGCCUUAAGAUUUGAAGUCUCGACCUCCAAGCCAGUUGCGAAGAGAUUAAAAGCCUGGCUCCUCAGGACCAAGCUGCGAUGAAGCGGAGUCUGCAAAAGCGUGGGCUCAUCUUCUCGAGGAAAAGGAGUAAAAGAGCUUGUCUUUAGAGCUGUGCCCCGCACUGCCCAGUAACCAAAAUAGCAAGCAAUUGGCAUGGCCGGCCGGACUCGCUGAGGUUCGGCAGGAAGGUGGGCUCCCAAAUCAAAAUGGCUUUCUCUCCCGCCCGUUCUCUGUUCUUCCCUCUCAGGAGAGAAGAAAGGAAGGUGCCACAAAAGAGAGGAACGGUUGAAUAGCUGAAAGAGUACACCAGUUCCGGAAGCUGCCGAAGGAGUUCCCCGCCAUUGUUUCCCACUGUUCCUUGCUGCGGAACCUCCGAGGAGACCGUGAGCUGUUCAAGAUGGCAGACGUACUGGAUCUUCAUGAGGCCGGAGGCGAAGAUUUCGCCAUGGACGAGGAUGGGGACGAGAGCAUUCACAAACUGAAGGAGAAGGCCAAGAAACGCAAGGGCCGCGGCUUUGGCUCAGAAGAAGGCUCCCGAGCCCGAAUGCGAGAGGAUUAUGACAGCGUGGAACAGGACGGAGAUGAGCCCGGACCACAGCGCUCUGUGGAGGGUUGGAUUCUUUUUGUGACUGGGGUCCAUGAGGAGGCUACCGAAGAAGACAUACAUGACAAAUUUGCAGAGUAUGGGGAAAUCAAGAAUAUUCACCUCAACCUGGACAGGCGAACAGGAUACCUCAAAGGUUAUACUCUAGUUGAAUAUGAAACAUACAAGGAGGCUCAAGCUGCCAUGGAGGGGCUCAAUGGCCAGGAUAUGAUGGGACAGCCAAUAAGUGUGGACUGGUGUUUUGUUCGAGGGCCACCCAAAGGCAAAAGGAGAGGUGGCAGAAGACGGAGUAGGAGUCCAGAUCGGAGACGUCGAUGACUGAUUCAUUUCUCUGAUUUCACUCUCUCCAGUGGAUCAGUUUGCCUAUAUCCAGCCUUGGAGGAAAGGGGCUGGGAUGGGACUCUUGAUUUAAUCUCCAGCCUCCAUAAGUGUUCCUUUUAAGUUGUGAAUAAACAGUUUAGUUUUCUUUUCUA